AUGCUCAAUAUGUCCCAGCACAUGUUUUAUUUUUCGGUGCAGCUCCUCUGCGUGCUGUUGAUAUGCUUUGGCAGUACGGCUGUGCACGCCGAGGAGGGAAAUACGCCAAAGGAAGCGCAAACACCAGACCCUGUUGAUCUUUUCGUGCCUAAUCGAACGAUCGUGGAAACACAAGGUGAAAGUCAAACAAGGGAUUCCUUUGUCUCACCGUCCCUCACCAGUGCUGGUGGAGUGUUGGUUGCACUUGCGAGGGGUCACAGAAGCUUUAAAUACUCCACGGGGGAUCGUAUUUCGGUGGAUUAUGCUGAUGUUGUGGCGGGGUACAUUGACCCUACGGAGAGCUGGUCGUCUUUUAUUGAUGAGGUCAAUACAAACAAAUGGAAAUCACACAAUAUUUUUAGCAUGUCUGUUCAAGUUGAGCAUAAGCCGUAUGUGAGGUGCGUGUUAAAACCCACAACGGUUGCAAAGGGCAGCAAAGUGUUUCUACUUGUGGGAGGCCAUUAUUUGAAAUUUGAUCCUUCAUCGAAGAGUUGGAUUGUGCUUUUACAGGGUCUUGAUUUGCUCGUGGGUGAGGCCACACAAGAUAAACUCAUCCAAUGGGGCAAACCCACCUCACUUUUAUCACAGAUCGAACCAUCUGCUGAACAACGUGGCCUGGAUCGGUUUGCAGGUGGUGGCUCAGGCGUUGUGAUGGAGGAUGGCACGUUUGUGUUUCCUCUGACGGCGAGGGAUGCAUUAGCUGACACUGUCUCCAUGAUCAUUUAUUCGAAGAACGACGACAAAAACUGGGUGCUUUCGCAGGGGAUGCUCCCCGUGGGGUGCACUGACCCCCUCAUCGUUGAGUGGGAGCAGGGGCAGCUUCUCAUGAUUGCCCAAUGCAAGUUUGGCCCCAAUGUGUUUGAAUCGAGGGACAUGGGGGCAACGUGGACGGAAGCUGGGUGGACACUUACAGGCCUGCAGCCCAGGUUUUCAUCGGACUUCUUGCAAAGGGAUUGGAGUGUCACAUCCUUCACCACUGCGACCAUUGCUGGAGAGAAGGUCAUGCUGUACACUCAGAAAGAGGUUCCCCCUGGGGAGAGGGCGGCAAAAGCGCUCUACCUUUGGGUGGCUGACAACAACCGCACGUUUUACCUCGGGCCCAUUUCCAUGGACACUGCAGAGAAGUGGAUGUCUGCCAACACCCUGCUGCACUCUAACGAUGCAUUGCACCUUUUACAAGAGUGGGACAGUACAGCGACCAAAGGCGUGUCUCUUGCUCCCCUAACGGAGGAGCUGAAGACGAUCACGUCCGUCUUGGAGACUUGGGCAAAAGUGGACUCCUCCCUCUCCAAGUCGUCUGUGCCCACGGCCGGUUUGGUUGGAUUUUUGUCGGGUGCAUCGGGUGAUGGAACUUGGAAUGAUGCGUACCGUUGCUUGAAUGCAAUUGUGACGAAUGCAAAGAGGGCCGAAAAUGGCUUUAAGUUCAUGGGGUCCGAAUCAUACGCCAUGUGGCCCGUGAACAUGUGGAAGUAUCACUAUGUUGGCAGCUUUGUGAGUUACGCGUUUACGCUUGUGGCGACGGUGACCAUUCAUGAGGUUCCGAAAGAGAGCGCUCCUCUGCUGGGCGCGGGCUUGGAGGACAAUGAAAACACGAAGUUUGUAGGGCUGUCGUACACGACGGAGAAACGGUGGGGUACAGUCUUCAACGGCAUCACGACAACAACACACAACAGCACUUGGAAGCCGGGGAAGGAGUACCAGGUGGCGCUCAUGCUGCAGGACAACAAGGGCUCCGUGUACGUGGACGGUGUGCUUGUGGGGAAUACUAACACACUACCAACCCUUAGGUCACGGAGGCAUGAUAUCUCUCAUUUUUACUUUGGUGGCGGCAAAGACAGCAGUGUGACAGUAAAGAACGUCUUUUUGUACAACCGCCAACUAAGUGAAGAUGAACUCAAAGCAGGUGACGACUCCCAUGCAUCCGAGCAACCUGCAGGUGACAGCUCCACGCGUGCGGAUGUGUUCUGGGUGUCAAUGUUGCUGCUAAUUCUGCUAUUGGGGCUAUGGGGCUUUGGGGCUUUGUGCUGA